AAAUUUGCUCGUGCCGCUUCACUCUCUUGCCUAUUAAGCAUUUCUAUCUUUCACUGCCGGUACCGCGUCGCUGCCUAGAUCCCGUGGAUUUCCUUCCAGUGCCGCUUCCUACACUAUAGAUAUUUAUACAUGUUCCAUGGCCAUGUACUCAUCAUUCACUAAAAAUUGUCCGAAUCGCGCAGAACAAUGAAUAGAGUGCUUUCGUUAUUAAUUCCAGUUUUACUGAAUCAGAAUCUCGUUUCUAGUGAUGUUACGGAUUAUAGAAUAACGACUUGGAAUUCAGAGGGUUAUAAACUAGAUAAAGUUUUUGACUUAUUGGAUAAAGACAAGUCCUUAAAUUUGGUCUUAGUGCAAGAAUGUGGAAAUAUUGCAGACAAAAACCCAGGCAGCAUUAUUAAUCCACCUGUACAGUUUAUAAUGAUUGACGGUGAAAAUGAAUACGACUCUGCCAAUGAUGGUAAUUAUGAAAUCCGCGAGUAUCGAACACGAUCCACUCAAUUGUUUAUAUAUUAUUUUCCGGCACCCAAAAGUGUUAAUCAGCAAUUUGGAUUGGCUAUUGUAACCAAACAACUGGCGUCAGAGAUAUUAUACUUUGCAUCUCUUCACAAUCACCGAGAAAUUAUUGAUCGCAAGGAACGUUCUUUCAUUAAUCGUCCUAUUGUGGGAUUGGUUUUUGGCACUAAUGAUAUUUUUCUUAAUUUUCACGCUGAACCCACUAGAAACAACGAAGUUUUACUUCAACUAAAUGCAAUUAAAACUUAUAUGAGCCGCUAUAAACCCAAUGCUUCCUGGAUGCUAGGCGCUGAUUUCAACCGCGAGCCUGGAGAUGUGACUUUGGAUCCACAUCAUGAACGAUUGAUUCACCCCUCGCAAAAUACUCGCCGUAAUAGAAUAAUAGAUUACUUUAUAUAUGGUUCUGCAAAUAGAAAUGUUUUCGCGCGAAUGGCCAAAAAACCUCAUACAACAACCAUAAAUGCUAAGUUGGUCUCUGAUCAUAAGGCAGUAGAUUUUAACCCUGCCCCGAGAGGGUAGUUGGAUAAGGUUGUCCAAUUCCAUCUUUGGCGCCCCCGGGUUAAUUAUAAUUUAAAAAAUCAAAGCAACUAGUGACAGUAACACCUUUCGAAUUAUAACGUAUAGCCGAGUCCAUGCAUUUUAUUUUUCGUCGUUUUUGAAAGUUUAUAAAAGGCAGCCACCUUUCUUUUAAUUUUGUUCAGAUAAAAGCUAAUCUCAUUUAACAUUUUGGGAUUUAACUCAUUUUACAUGCAUGCAUUUUAAUCUCUUAUACAAUUUAUAAUACAAUGAUUUAUAUACAAUCACUAUAUACAAUCAUUUAUAUACAAUGAAUAAUAAAUGAUAAAUGAUUUUUAUUUUAAAUUAAA